AUGACUUCCUCUCCCGCCAAAGGCAUCGAGGCCUCAGCAGCUGCAGCCGAGCCCACGCUGCCACCUGUCUCUACCUCGACCUCAAGUGUACUUGGAGUAAAGCGUCCUGCUGCCUCUUUGCUGCCAGCAUUCGAACUCUCCUCUUCGCCGGGCCUCCCGCGGCCUCUGAAGCGGCAGGCUCGAGAUGGGUCCAUCGGGUCAAGUGCUUACCUCAAAUAUCCCACUCCCAUCCCGACUUCUAGCACCGGCAUCCUCUCGUCGUCUCCCCCACUCGUCCAAUCAUCGAGACCGGGCCUGGCACGUACAAUAUCCUCCGUGUCAGAGAGAGCACCGCUGUCGGCCGUUCCUUCUGUCGACCUCAACGAGAACGGCGAAAUGCUCCUCAUGGGCCGCUCGAGUAACUCCUCCCACUUCCAAUUGACCAACAAUCGUCUGGUAUCACGUAUCCACGUCAAGGCCCAAUACAUCCCCGCCUCCUCCCUCCUCGAACCGAACAAAGUAGAGAUCAUCUGCAAUGGCUGGAACGGAUUGAAGUUGCAUUGCCAGGGAAGAACAUGGGAGCUGGCAAAGGGGGAUACCUUCACUUCGGAAACCGAGAACGCCGAGAUCAUGCUGGACGUGUUGGACGCGAGAGUCAUGGUCCAUUGGCCCAAGAGGGACCGUCAAGAGUCUGUCGCCAACCUGUCAGACUCGUCUUGGGACGAGUCGCCGCGGUCGAGACCUCGUGCCGCCGCGUCAGACCUUUUGCAGUUCAGUCCACUUCGACGGCAGACGCGUAUCAAGUCGCCAGAAUCGCCCACGCCUGCCAAGAAAACGUCUUCAUCCAGUCUGGACGACCUGCUGUCACCCAACGACACUACCGAGUCGGUCCCCAUUUACGAGGACCCGAGUGCGGACGAGCAAGAGCUUCCACAGUUAGCCCCAGACGUGGAUGCCUCAUUCGCCCAGACCGAGAUCAACAACAGCUUCUCAAGUGACCUCAGUGAACCGGAUGACGACAACGAUCCUGACGAGGAGAAUGAUCCCAUUGUCCAUUCCUUCGGACCGUUUGGCGCGAACCUCUCCAACCGUCUGGCGGCCUUCACGGCGGAGUCGCCUACGCGGCCGUCCCGUGUACCGUCUGGCGAUAUGACAGCCAUGGACUCAGAAGAGUCGGAGGAGUCACUUAACCCCAGCAUCGACGUAGCUGCAGUGACCAACCACCUGGUCAACCAACUUGCAUUUUCCCGAUUAUCGUCAACGCCUCUGUCUGCUAUCAUGAACAACCUCCCUGCCGAAGAGAAGAAAGACUUGACGAAACCUGAGCUGCGGCGCAUCAUCGAAUCGACGACCUGUAUUGGUACCAUUACCCGGCAGGGAAAGGACGCGGCCGGUAAGCCGUUGGAGAGUGAGUAUUACUACACACCCGAGCUCGACACCGACGACUCGAGACGCAUCGCUGUAACAGAUGGCUUGCGGAAGCCAAGCCUCAGAGCUUGUAGGAAACAGCACAAGGUACUUACUCGUCCACAACUCACCGUUAGUGAUCCUGAGAUAUUGACCACAACUAGCAAUAUUAUUGGAAGCGGCCAAAGACUCCUUGAACGAUUCCUUGGGCCGGAGAGGAGGGGAAAAUUGGUGUGGUGGUUGGAUCCGAUGGUCUUCUUGGCUCUGCCUUGA